AUGUUUGUGGUGUACCGUCCGGGCCCUUACAUAUGCGCUGAAUGGGAAUUGGGUGGAUACCCGGCUUGGUUUCUAAGGGACCCUAACAUCAGAUUUAGGUCCAACUAUAAGCCAUAUCUGGAAGCUGUGGGCAAAUACUAUACGAAAGUGUUAUCCCUUAUCGAUGACUACCAGUUUCAGAAAGGAGGGCCUAUUAUAGCCCUGCAGUUUGAGAACGAGUUCGGAGGCAUUCAAAUAAGCCAUAUCUGGAAGCUGUGGGCAAAUACUAUACGAAAGUGUUAUCCCUUAUCGAUGACUACCAGAGGGCCUAUUAUAGCCCUGCAGUUUGAGAACGAGUUCGGAGGCAUUCAUAACGACAACGAUAAGGAGUACUUCGAGUUCAUGAAGAAUGUCAUCGAUUCCCACGGAUUCAAAGAAUUGCUUAUUAAUUGUGAUUCCGGAUCCAAUCCAGUGGAGGCUAUGAAACAUAUAUUACCAGGUGUCUUAGAGACCGAUAACUUUAACUCAAAUUCAUUGAAAUACUUGACUGCCUUACGCCAGGCACAGCCUAAUAAACCCCUACAUGUCACUGAAUGGUGGCCAGGGUGGUUUGACAAGUGGGGGGAGAAGGGUCACCACACUAUGGACGUCAACUUUUUUGAAAAGGAAAUCACCGAUGUACUGUUCAAGGCCAAUUCAUCGGUUAAUUUCUAUAUGUUUUUCGGUGGCACUAACUUUGGGUUUAUGAAUGGGGACCGAGUGGUCACUAGUUAUGAUUACGAUGCACCGCUUUCUGAGACAGGCAACUAUUCGGCAAAGUAUUGGAAAACUAAGGAAUUGGUUGAGAAGUUCACGAAAGAGAGAGGUUUACCACAACUUUUGGUACCAAAACCCCCGACAUAUGUAACACCGGUUUCUUACGGGAAACUCAAAGUUAAGGAUUACUUGAGUUUAGAGGACGUGUUGACACAAAUGAAGCCAAUCGUCACCGAAAAGCCACAACACAUGGAGUUAUUAAACAUCACAAACAAUUCGGGACAACACUAUGGGUUCAUUCUCUAUAGACUCAAUAAACUCAACAAAUUUAAACAUUUGAAACUCACCGGUGGUGCCGCUGAUCGGGCAGUCAUUCUCGUGGACCACAAAGAGGUCGCUGUCUUCGAGAGUAAUAAAGACUAUAAUCAGGACUUAAAUGACACACAAUUUGCAAACACAACGACUCAUACGUUGGAUAUAAUCGUCGAAAACAUGGGUCGACCCAAUGGUGGGGCUGUUAUGAAUACCGCCCGAAGAGGUCUUAACGGAGAUAUCAGUAUCGAUACAAAAGUUGCCACAAAUAUCGAGACGUUUUCGCUUGAUUUCAAAGAACCAUUUGUUAAACAAUUAACUCAAUUGAAGGGAAAGUCGUUCGUUGAGGGCAUCAAAAGUCCAGCCGUUUAUCGGUUGGAAUUGGAUAUUAAGGACAGUCCUAAGGACACAUUCAUACGACUGGACGGUUGGUCGAAGGGAAAUAUCUCCGACCCUUUAACCAAUAACAUUAUGACAAUGAAGUUGUCAUUAGUCUUAUGUGUAGUAUUAGUGUCAUUCAGUGUCUAUAGUAAUGGUGCCGAACAGACAAACUACGAGUACUACACGUCCGGUGGUAUCAAAUCGGGUCUGAGGGCCGACUCCGUAGACUUCACUCUCAACGGAAAGAAAAUCACUUUAUUUAGCGACUUCACUCUCAACGGAAAGAAAAUCACUUUAUUUAGCGGUUCUUUGCAUUACUUCCGAUUACCCAAAGACUACUGGAAGGACAGGCUAUUGAAGUUCAGGGCCGCCGGACUCAACACCGUCGAAACACUAUCCCACUGGAACCUCCACGAGCCAGUACCAGGGCAAUUUGACUUUGAAACUGGAUUCUUGAAUUUGCGAGACUUUCUAAAGGCAUGUCAAGAGGCGGACAUGUUUGUGGUGUACCGGAUGGGCCCCUACACGUGUGGUGAAUGGGAAUUGGGUGGAUACCCGGCUUGGUUUCUAAGGGACUCUAACAUGAGGUUUAGGUCUAACUAUAAGCCAUAUCUGGAAGCUGUGGGCAAAUACUAUACGAAAGUGUUAUCCCUUAUCGAUGACUACCAGUUCACGAAAGGCGGUCCCAUAAUAGCCCUGCAGUUUGAGAACGAGUUCGGAGGCAUUCAUAGUAAUGAUGAUAAGGAGUACUUCGAGUUCAUGAAGAAUACCAUAGAAUCUCAUGGAUUCAAAGAAUUGCUCAUAAAUUGUGAUCCCGGGUCUAAUGCCGUGGAGGCUAUGAAAACUAUUCAACCAGGUGUCUUAGAAACCAUUAACUUUAACUCGGAUUCAUUGAAAUACCUGAAUGCCUUACGCCAAGUACAACCUAAUAAACCCCUAUUUGUAACUGAAUUCUGGCCAGGAUGGUUUGACAAAUGGGGUGAUAAGACUCACCACACAAUGGAUUUAAACUUUUUCGAGAAGGAGGUGACAGACAUACUGUUCAAAGCAAACUCAUCCAUCAAUUUCUAUAUGUUUUUCGGUGGCACUAACUUUGGGUUUAUGAAUGGAGAUACUGUGGUCACUAGUUAUGACUACGACGCACCCCUAACUGAGUCAGGCAAUUAUACCGCAAAGUAUUGGAAAACAAAGGAAUUGAUUGAAAAGUUUACGAAAGAGAGAGGUGUCUUAGAAACCAUUAACUUUAAUUCGGAUUCAUUGAAAUACCUGGAUGCCUUACGCCAAGUACAACCUAAUAAACCCCUAUUUGUAACUGAAUUCUGGCCAGGGUGGUUUGACAAAUGGGGUGAUAAGACUCACCACACAAUGGAUUUAAACUUUUUCGAGAAGGAGGUCACAGACAUACUGUUCAAAGCAAACUCAUCCAUCAAUUUCUACAUGUUUUUCGGUGGCACUAACUUUGGGUUUAUGAACGGGGAUACUGUGGUCACUAGUUAUGACUACGACGCACCCCUAACUGAGUCAGGCAAUUAUACCACAAAGUAUUGGAAAACAAAGGAAUUGAUUGAAAAGUUUACGAAAGAGAGAGGUUUACCACAACUAUUGAUACCUAAACCUCCAGUCUUGUCGCUAACCACUGGUUACGGGAAACUCAAAGUAAAAGAUUACUUGAGUUUAGAGGACGUGUUGACACAACUGAAGCCAAUCGUCACCGAAAAGCCACAACACAUGGAGUUAUUAAACAUAACACAGAAUUCCGGACAAAGUUAUGGUGGUGCCUCUGAUCGGGGAGUCAUACUCGUGGACCACAAAGAGGUUGGUGUCGUCGACAGCAAUAAAGACUAUAAUCAGGACUUAAAUGACACACAAUUUGCAAACACAACGACUCAUACGUUGGAUAUUAUUGUCGAAAAUACCGGUCGACCCAAUGGCGGGGGUGUUAUGAAUAGCGCCCGAAGAGGUCUUAACGGUGACGUCGAUAUCGAUGCAAAAGUUGCCACAAAUUUCGAGACAUUUCCGCUUGAAUUCAAAGAACCAUUUGCUAAACAAUUGUCUGAAUUGAAGGGAAAGCCUUUCGUUGAAGGCAUCAAAAGUCCAGCCGUUUAUCGGUUAGAAUUGGAUAUUAAGGACAGUCCGAGGGAUACAUUUAUACGACUGGACGGUUGGGUGAAAGGCAAUGCAUUCAUCAAUGGUUUCAAUAUCGGCCGGUAUUACCACAUCGGACCCCAACAGACACUGUAUAUCCCUGCACCGUUACUAAAAACGGGCAAAAAUGAUAUAAUAGUGUUUGAAUUGCAUUCAGCCGCAGGUUCAGUUGAGCUUGUUGAUACCCCACACUUGGGAUAAAUGUUUAAAAUACAAAUUUUCAACCGAUUUAUAAAACCUAUUUGACUAUUAAUUAGUUUAGUAAUGUAAUAAAAAUAAUUAAUACUGUACUUAUUUAAUUAUUAAUCAUAAUAUUAUUUUACAGUACAGAGGGGUGUUAGCUAUUUUUAAUCUAGUCAAUUAUUUAUACAAUAUUUAUAGUUUUUAAUUUUAAAUAUAUUCUAAACCAAAUUAUUAAUUAGAAAUAAAAAUA